GCGCUGAGAGAAGGAGAAGCGGAAGUGACGCAGAAGAGCGGGGCAAUGGCUUGGUGCUUCCGGUGUGAAGACGCUGUGAGGAAAAGCGGAGGGAGAAGCGAGUCAGUGAUGAUCAAGGAAGCUAUGGCUGCAGAUUGGCUUGGAAGUGUUGUCUCCAUCAACUGCGGAGAAAGCCUGGGCGUCUAUCAAGGAAGAGUGUCUGCUGUGGAUCAAGUCAGCCAGACCAUCUCCUUAACACGGCCUUUCCAUAAUGGAGUCAAGUGCUUGGUACCCGAAGUCACCUUCAGGGCCGGGGAUAUUGCAGAACUGAAGAUCCUGGAGAUUCCGGGCGCAGAUGAUAAUGGACAAUGUGGAGAUUUCCAACAAAAUGACCGUGGUAUUUUAAGCAUUGGAUGCCAAGGGGACGCCAGCCAGAACGGCACAGGCAGAGUGCUGAGGAAACCUGUGAGCAGUGCCCCCCAAAAUAUCCCCAGGAGAACGGACACAAAAUGCCAGGAUGUUGCCAUUUCCCCGCAGCAGCACCUUUGUUCUAAGAGCUACGUGGAUCGUCAUAUGGAAUCCUUGAGCCAGUCCAAAGGCUUCCGUCGGAGGCAUAACUCCUGGUCCUCCAGCAGCCGCCACCCAAACCAAGUGACCCCAAAAAAGAGUGGCGUGAAGAACGGGCCGAUGAAGAACAAAGACGAUGAAUGCUUUGGGGACGACAUCGAAGAAAUCCCAGACACAGAUUUUGAUUUCGAAGGGAACCUGGCCCUCUUUGACAAGGCAGCUGUGUUUGAGGAGAUUGAAACCUUCGAGAGGAAAAGUGGGACCCGCUCCAGAGGCACGCCAAACGAGAGGUCCGCCCGCUAUCGCCACGAUGAGAACAUUUUGGAAUCCGAGCCCAUUGUGUACCGAAGAAUCACUGUGCCUCAGGCAAGCAAGGAAUUCUGCACUGACUCCGGGCUGGUGGUGCCAAGUAUCUCCUACGAGCUCCACAAGAAGCUUCUUUUGGUGGCCGAGAAGCAUGGCCUCACUCUGGAACGGAGACUGGAAAUGACCGGGAUCUGUGCCAGCCAGAUGGCCCUGAGUCUCCUUGGAGGACCCAACAGGCUGAACCCGAAAAACAUCCACCAGCGACCCACCGUGGCCUUGCUUUGUGGGCCCCACGUCAAAGGGGCCCAAGGGAUCAGCUGCGGGCGGCACCUCUCCAAUCACGACGUGGACAUCAUCCUUUUCCUCCCCAACUUUGUCAAGAUGCUGGAAUCCAUCACCAACGAGCUCUCCCUCUUUGGCAAUACCCACGGCCAGCAAGUCUCCAGCGUCAAAGACCUGCCAGACACGCCGGUGGACCUGGUGAUCAACUGCCUGGAUUGCCACGAAAAUGCCUACCUGCGGGACCAGCCGUGGUACAAGGCGGCGGUGGACUGGGCCAACCGGAACCGGGCGCCUGUUCUGAGCCUGGACCCGCCGGUGAGCGAGGCGGAGCAGGGCAUCGAGGCCAAGUGGUCACUGUCCUUGGGGCUGCCGCUGGGCCUGGGCGAGAGGGCCGGGCGGCUGUACCUCUGCGACAUCGGCAUCCCCCAGAAGGUCUUCCAGGAGGUGGGCAUCAACUACCACUCGCCCUUCGGCUGCAAAUUUGUCAUCCCUCUGCACUCGACCUAAAGGGGGGCCAGGCAGGGCCUUCGGCCUCUGGACCCCAACGGAUCGCCUGGCAGAUUAAACUCUUGUCUCGACGCCUUAAGGAUGCCAAUGCUCUCAGUUUCUUCCCGGAGAAACGUCAGUGGCAUCAAAGAGAAGCGAGAAGCCCGGCCUUGGGGGCUCUUGUGCCAUUCAUCGCAUGGAGAGAGGGGCAUUGGCCGGCCAAGGCCUUCAGUCGGCUCGGAUAGUUGGUGGUGGGAGAGAGGAGGGAGGGUGGGGAGAGGCUUUUGCAGGCACACACACACACGUAUACCAGGCAACGCGAAUCCUUUUCCGUUUUGUUUCUGUUUUCUUUUUGUUUUGGACUUUUAUGAUCUUCCAGGACUUGGAGGAGAAGAAAGCGGUCUCUGAGGACCCUCUUUUCCUUGAUGACCGUAUGGGAAUGGUGGUCGUUUGGCCCAUUUCCCCUCUUGCGCAGCUACAGCCCAUCCAUAGUUCUUCCUCCCAACUUUUUGGGAUCUUGGGCAGCCUUAUGUUGGAAAGGGGUGUGCCAAAGGCACCUGUUUCUCCGCAUUCCUGAAGCUGCGCCGAUCCUUUUGACCCAGGGCUAGCUCAGGUUUGCUUCCUUUUUGCUCGGAGGAGUGAAUAGUAGCAUCUAAUCAAAAGGGGUUUGAGGAAGGAAGUGAAGAGGCAGCUUCCGUUCCGAUAGAAGUCGAUUCCUGCCGGCUUGCAGUAUUGAGACCCCAUGGCUGAUACAAAAUGCCUAGUUCGUGGGCCAUUGUUUGAAUGCAAAAGUUGGAAAGCCUAUUGCAGCACCAAAGACACAUGGGGAAAUGCAUAUUGUGAGGCACAGAGUUGCCUCUUUGGUACCGUUUGCAACAAUGACGUGGCUUAAUGUGAGCAGCACCAAAGACGCUGCCAGGAGGAAGCUUAGGGAUGCCAAGGGCGGAGUAUGCAACGGCCCUGCUGUGUAGGCCGCAGGCAGAGCAAGUUCUGUUUUCUGCAUGUGCCGAUGCGCAGAGGCUUCCUCCUCUCGUGCUCCAGGCAUCUUAUCUGUAGCCAUGGCCUCCCUCCGUCUGUGUCCCUUGAGCCCCUCGCCCUCAGUGGCUUCCGCCUUGUUGCUGCCAGCAGCGUUGUUUCCUCUCUUUUGGGUUCUUUUCCUUUUUCUAGUUAGGCUCAGUGUCCAGGCUGCCAGGGGUGCAAUGCGUUCUUGAAGCAGCACACGCUUGAAAGGCUGCUUGCUCUGGGGAACCGGCCGCGUUUAACCUUCCGUGUCUCUCUCGAAAGGUGCCAUGCAAAACUCUUUCCACUCGUCACAAUCAUUAAACAGUGCAGAAAAGCA